AUGGUGGACACCCAGCAGCUCCUAGCUUGGCCUGUCGGUUUCAGCCUGAGUACAGUGGACCUGCCAGAGCUGGACGACAGCCCCCACUACCUUGACAUGAAACAUUUGUCAGACUAUGCCUCCAUUUCCUCCUCCUCCAUCCCUUCCUCCUUGUCUCCCCCACUUGUAUCCUCCAUCUCAUCUGCUGGCUUGGCCUACGACAUCAGUCCUCCGCUCAGUGAAGAACAUUUGACGAAUAUGGACUACACAAAUAUGCACAGCUACAGGACAGAGAUGGAGACACACAACCCAAUUAAGAUGGAACCAGAGUCACCUCCACAGUACUCUGACAACCCUUUGUUCUCCAAGUUCCCAGACGAUGCAUCACCGUCGGCGUUGAACAUCGAGUGCCGCGUGUGCGGAGACAAAGCCUCGGGGUUUCACUAUGGGGUCCAUGCCUGUGAGGGCUGCAAGGGUUUCUUCAGACGCACAAUCAGGCUAAAGCUGGUAUACGAUCACUGUGAUCUUCACUGUCGCAUUCACAAGAAGUCACGCAACAAAUGUCAAUACUGCCGUUUCCAGAAGUGCCUCAAUGUUGGGAUGUCACACAAUGCCAUUCGUUUUGGCCGAAUGCCUCAGGCAGAGAAGGAGAAGCUGUUGGCUGAGUUCUCGUCUGACAUGGAGCACAUGCACCCGGAGGCUGCAGAUCUAAGGGCUCUGUCCCGGCAUCUGUAUGAAGCCUAUCUGAAGUAUUUCCCCCUUACCAAAGCCAAGGCCAGGGCAAUCCUCUCUGGGAAGACGGGAGAAAAAGUGCCUUUCAUCAUUCAUGACAUGAAGUCUCUAAUAGAAGGGGAGCAAUUCAUCAACUGUAGGCAGAUACCAGCCCAGGAACACCAGCUGAUGUCCACCGUUACAGUUGGAGGAAUCCCAGGAGCCUACUCAGGGUCAGAUUAUGGAGCUUUGGGAACGGGGAUCAACGGAUUGACACCUGAUGGGGCGGAGCUACGUUUCUUCAAAAGCUGUCAGUCACGCUCUGCAGAAGCAGUAAGAGAAGUGACAGAAUUUGCAAAGAGCAUUCCAGGAUUCAUCAAUCUGGAUCUCAAUGAUCAAGUGACGUUGCUGAAAUACGGAGUGAUUGAAGUUUUGAUCAUCAUGAUGUCGCCUCUGAUGAACAAGGAUGGCACCCUGAUCUCCUACGGACAGAUCUUCAUGACGCGGGAGUUCCUCAAGAGUCUCAGGAAACCUUUCUGUCAGAUGAUGGAGCCAAAGUUUGAGUUUGGAGUCAAGUUUAACACUCUGGAGCUGGAUGACAGUGACAUGGCGCUGUUUUUGGCUGUUAUUAUCCUCAGUGGGGACCGGCCCGGCCUGCUGAACGUGAAGCCCAUCGAGCAGCUUCAAGAGACAGUGCUCCAUUCGCUGGAGCUGCAACUGAAGCUCAGCCAUCCAGACUCCCUGCAGCUGUUUGCCAAGCUGCUCCAGAAGAUGACGGACCUGCGUCAGAUAGUCACUGACCAUGUGCACCUCAUUGAGCUGCUGAAGAAGACAGAGGUGGACAUGCUCCUACACCCUUUGCUGCAAGAGAUCAUGAAGGACUUGUAUUAGAGCUCAAAAGGAAAAGAGGACAAGCGCUGUAAUGUGAAGAAAAACCAAGACUGUUAAAUCAUGAAUUGAAAUUAAUCAUUUACCAGAAGGUGGAGAAGAACAGGAACACAAAAAUCAAGAAAAGAAAUGAAAUUUUUGAUCUGUUUCUAGACAGUCUCAAUGUGAUUAAUUUGUGGCGCACAGUCAUUUGUCUACCAUAGAGCCCGAACAUAUCAUCACGGGCUGUCUGCCAACUUCAGUACGAAACUACCACCUUUUGCAGCAAAGUGCCGAUGACUAACAGAAAGAGAGGGAACCGUCACUUAGCAAACUUAAUGCAAAAAUUCUUCGUGCUUCAUCACUGUCAAAGCUACACGUGCCUUAAAGGGAAACAUUUUUCACGCCUCGUCACUCACAGCAUUUGUUGUUGUCGCGUGGCUUGUUUCUUCACAGCCAUCCACAGAGAUCAGCAGUGCACGUACAUACAUCAUUAUCUCUGCGAACACGCACAAAUGCAUGAAUGCUCACGCGUAAAAUUGCGCACAGUCGUUUUCUGUUUUGGCAUCAGGGUGAAGGUGCUAUCUCAUUUUAAUCAGCUGCAUCCAAAAACAGAAAUCAGAUUAGUGCUUAUAACUUAUUCUGGUCCCAUACACCGCUUAGAAACUGUGAGAAAGUAAGUGUGAGCUAACAGAGGGCACACAGCAGGAAUGAUGUUGGCUCUAAAGUAUGCCUUAAUGAUCGAAUGUUUAGCUUUUUUAAAAAGAUCCAAUGUUGUUCUUAAACAUAUUGUACAUAUUCAAUGUAUAAUAUAUGUAAUCACUCAUUUUGUUUCCAUUUGUAUGAAAUUCUUGAACCAAACUUGCUUUUGAGCCUUUAGAUUCAGCAACUUGGUUGAGUUCUAAUUUUUCAAUGUGAAAUUUUUUUGUAUCUAUUUCAGUCCAUUUUUUGUGUGCAGGCAAAAAGACUGGAUUCUUACCUACUGGGGAGAUAAAGAGUGAGAAAUUACCUGUAAAUAAAAUAUUUUUUAACUUUUUUUA